UGAUGAUAAGCUGCAACAAAUUCAUCCAAAAAUGAUGUCCCGUAAUCGUUCACCAUCAUCAUCGAUAAAUACGUUAAAUUCGGAGACAACAACAACAACAUCUGAAUCCGAUGAUGGUAACAACAGUAGUUUACGUUCAAAUUCAUUUCGUCGUCCAUUUCGUCGUAAUGGUGCAUUUAAAAAGAAAAAAUAUUCAAUCAUUUUGGAUCAUAGUUUUCAUCCAAGAUUUUUUAAACAACCAACAUUCUGUAGCCAUUGUCGUGAAUUUAUAUGGGGUGUUUUAAAUAAACAAGGUUAUCAAUGUGAGGUUUGUUCACUUGUUGUACAUAAACGUUGUCAUGAAUUGGUUACAUUUAAAUGUCCGGGUGCUGAUAAAGGUAUUGAAACUGAUCCACGUAAAGUACAUAAAUUUCAAUUGCAUACAUAUUCAACACCAACAUUUUGUGAUCAUUGUGGUUCAAUGCUUUAUGGUGUUUAUAAACAAGGUUUUCAAUGUAAAUCAUGUUUGAUGAAUUUUCAUAAACGUUGUCGUCCAAAUGUACCGAAUUUAUGUGGUUGUGAUGCAGUGGAAAAACGUGGUCGUAUUGAACUGAGAAUUCAGGUUAAAAAUCUUAAUAAUAAUCAUCAUCAUAGUGAUGAUGAUAACCACAACAACAACAACGAUAAUGAUAAUAAUCACAUUGAAAACAUUAAUGAUAAAAUGAUUAUCUGUUGUGAUAUACGAAAGGCAAAAAACCUAUGUAUAAUGGAUCCAAAUGGCCUUUCAGAUCCAUAUGUUAAAGUAAAACUUUUAUCAAGUAAUUAUCAAUCAUUGAAUAAUAAUCGUGAAUCAAUAACCAAAUAUAAAACAAAAAUCAUACGUAAUACAUUGAAUCCUGAAUGGAAUGAACGUAUUUGUAUUGAAAUCGGUCCACAAGAUCGUGAUAAACGUUUAUUAAUAAGUGUUUGGGAUUGGGAUCGUACAUCACGUAAUGAUUUUAUUGGUUCAUUAUCAUUUGGUGUUUCCGAAUUGAUUAAACAAUCGGUUGAAGGUUGGUAUAAAUUAUUGAAUGAAGAAGAAGGUGCAUAUUAUAAUGAACCAUUACCACCACCCGGUGAAAAUCUUAUUGAUUAUUUACAAAAAAAAUUACAUAUUAAUAAUAUUGAACAACAACAAGAACAACAACAACAAUUUCGUAGUACUGUUUCGGAAAAAAAUUCACAUGAUAAUCAUGAUUCCAAAGAUCAUCAUUUAUUUCAUUCACUUACUAAACAUCAUCAUUCUAAAGAUUUUAAACUAAAUGAUGGUUUGGAUUCAUUUAAUUUAUUAAAAAUCCUUGGUAAAGGUAGUUUCGGUAAAGUAUUAUUAGCUGAAUUGAAAAAAAAUCCAAAACAAUUAUAUGCAAUUAAAGUAUUGAAAAAAGAUGUACUUAUUAUGGCUGAUGAUAUUGAAAGUGCAAUGAUUGAAAAACGUGUAUUAGCUCUUACCAACAAGCCACCAUUUCUUCUUGGAUUACAUUCAUGUUUCCAGGAUAAAGAACGUUUAUAUUUUGUUAUGGAAUAUGUAACCGGUGGUGAUCUAAUGUUUCAGAUACAAAAAUUUCGUAAAUUUAAAGAACCGAUUGCUUGUUUUUAUGCUACCGAAAUUGCAAUCGGUUUAUUUUUCCUUCACGAACGUGGUAUUGUUUAUCGUGAUCUGAAAUUGGAUAAUAUUCUAUUGGAUUCAGAAGGUCAUAUAAAAAUCGGUGAUUUUGGUAUGUGUAAAGAAGGUAUUUUUGGUUCAAAAACUGCACAUACAUUUUGUGGUACACCGGAUUAUAUUGCACCGGAAAUUAUUAAGGGGAUUCCAUAUUCAAAAUCGGUUGAUUGGUGGUCAUAUGGUGUACUUUUAUAUGAAAUGUUAACCGGUCAGGCACCAUUCGAUGGUGAAGAUGAAGAUGAAUUAUUUCAAAAUAUUAUCGAUCAUAAUGUUUUAUAUCCAAAAUCAAUAUCAAAAGAAGCAAAAGAUUUAUGUAAAGCAUUUUUAGUAAAAGAUUCACAACAACGUCUUGGUUCUGGUAUAAAUGAUGAAUUAAAAAUAAAAAAUCAUCCAUUUUUUCGUCGUAUUGAUUGGAUAAAAAUACUAAAUAAAGAAAUACAACCACCAUAUAAACCACAAAUUACUGAUGAUAGAUUAGUUGAAAAUUUUGAUAUAAAUUUUACUAAAUCACAAUUAACAAUGACACCAAGUGAUAAAUCUGUUAUUGCCAAUCUAAAUGGUAAUGAAUUUGAUGGAUUUUCCUAUGUUAAUCCACUUUAUAUAUGAAUUUUAUCAAUCAACAAAAAAUACCUAUAUUUUUUCGUUUGUUUUUGUUUUUUGUUA